GAUAUGCUCCUGGAUGAUGAUACCUCGCUGCUGUACACAGGACUGCGUCUGGUAUAUUUUUUUACUUUGGUGAAAACGAUGUUGCCAUUUAGUAAACCAUCAUGUAGUAUUCCUGUUGUUGACCAAAUACUGAUGACCCUCAUGAAACUGAAACUGAACCUUGUGUUAGGGGAUGUGGCAAAGCGCUUUAAAGUGUCUAAAGGUGAAGUAAGUAAGGUGAUUGCUCACUGGAUUGAUACAUUGGGUGAGCAGCUUGAACCCAUGGUUGCCUGGCUGCCAAGAAGUGUUAUACGUGCUAACAUGCCACCAUCCUUUAAAAAGAACCACCCCCAGACCACUUGCAUCAUCGAUUGUGCUGAAACGGCUAUUCAGAGAGCAACAAACCUUAACUGUAGGAGUGCCACUUUCAGUCAUUACAAGGGAACCAAUACUGCCAAAUAUCUUGUUGCUGUGUCACCUCAUGGGCUGAUAAUGUUUAUAUCAGAGGCCUAUGCUGGUAAAAGCAGUGACACGUUUAUCACUAUAAACAGUGGGUUUCUGGAGGCCCUAAGGCCUGGUGAUGAGGUAAUGGCUGACAGGGGUUUCACGAUUCGAGAUGUACUACAUGAAAGGAAGGUGAAAUUGAAUAUUCCUGCCUUUACCCACAAGCGUGGUCAAUUGACCAAUGAUGAGGUAACGCGCACUAGACGAGUGGCCAAUGUCCGUAUACAUGUGGAGAGGGCAAUCCGAAGACUUAAAGUCUUCAAAAUUCUGUCCCAAACUGUCCCCAUCUCCAUGACCCCGUGGUUGGACAAGAUUCUUACCAUAUGUGCUGCUUUAGCAAACAUGAGGUCCAGACUCAUCCGACUGCCACAUGAGGUUUAAGUUCCUAUGAAAAGCAUGU